AUGGUUGCGCUCAAGAUAACACUAGCGCUGCUCGUCAGUGCCGUUAGUGCUAUACCGACUAGUGCUCAGUGGCCCAAAUACGAUAUCAAUGGUCAGAUCCAGGACUUGGCCUUUGACAAGAGAGCGCCUGCUAUCUGCCAGCCCGACGACAAAGAUAUCGUGGCCCUGAGGAGCAACAAGGCAGACGGAUCCGCUUUCUGCUCAACCUACCUCCAAAGCACCAAGACUGUAACAGCUACUCCUCUGGUCACUACAGACAUGACCAAGAUGAUGACCAAGACAGCGGUAUUAGUUCAGAUCCAAAAAGUUCGCAUUAAUGUGUAUCACAUUGUUCGAACCAAAGUGAUGCAAACCAUCUCGACGGUCAUCACAGAGACACAGACAUCUACUGUUACCGACUUUGCGACCAAGAUAAUUACCAACACCAUGACAGACGUUUCGACUGACACGGAUACUACUCAAGUGACUAAGACUAGCACAGCGCAAGCGACGGAUGUGGUGACUCAACAAAUCACCAAGACCAUCACGCAGACAAUUGACCUGACUUCUACCAUGGACGUUACAGACAUUGAUACACAAGAUAUCACCGUGAGUGUCCCAACCACUGUCACUGUCACUGUCACAGGAGCAGCACCCACAACUUCAGUUGGCAAUGAAUACCACUGCGCUAUCCCUGGUUACGGACAUGGAAGCUAUUCGGUUGGCUCAGGCUCUUUUGGUAGCUGGGACUUGUGCAAGUCGUAUUGCGAAACAAUUCAGGGUGCUGUGAGCUUCGGGUAUGGCCCUGGUGCAUGCGCAUGCUACAACCAACCAGCGGAAAUCAAUACGAAUAAAAACCCUAGUAGUUCAUACCAAUUCUAUGAUAUUGGAUGCCCGGCACAGACCAAGCCCGCAAAGCGAGCUGUGCCCGUCAAACAGGUUCCUUCUUACCUACCACUCAAGAAUCCUCUCGUCGUUAGCAGUGCUUGUUCGUGUCACAUCAGCAACAAACCGGCUGCUGCAACAACACAAACUGUCACUGCUAAGGAUCCCAAGACUCUCGCUAACAUGGCAAAAGAGUACACAACAAGCUAUAUUACCAAGAAGCAAGUUACGACUGUGUGGAAUCAAGUAACCAGAACAGCAACAGACUUCAAGACCUUGGCAGUAACAAAUCGCAAUACCAAGUCGGUAACACAGCGUAAGAGUGCCACGAUGACCAAGCCAGUUACACUCACGGUGACGAACUACAAAACUAUUGUUGUCACCAACUACAACACUGUCGGCGUGACCAACCGUAACACUGUUUACACAACGAAUUACAACACUGCAUCUGCGACUGCAUAUAAUAGUGUGUUUGUUACCAACAUGGGUUAUGUCACUGUCACCGAGUACGAUACAGUUGUAGCAACUGAUAUCGCUACGAACACUGUGAUACCGGAUGCAGUAACUGUAUCAGCCGGCGAUUCAUAUGUUUGGGGGUCUUAG